AUGCCCAGUCAACUCGAGGAAUUAGUAUCUUUUUUACACUCUCCCCAGCCUGCCGUUAGACAGAUUGCUCUUGAUAACCUUGUUGGGUUUAGUACUGGUCCAACAGCGGCCAUUUUCAAAUAUGACAACUGCAAGGCCAUCGAUGACUUGAAAGGCUUGUCCAAAGAAAAAUCAAAGACCUUAGUCCAACAGUCUGUGACCAUUUUGGCAAAUUUGUGUGAUGAUGAUCAACUGAGGAGAUUAAUUGCUAGUGAUGAGCAUUAUUUAGAGUGGUUAAGCUGGAAAAUUUGUCACCUCGAGAAUACCAGUGCUGAUAUCAUGAGUGUGCUGUUGAGUAAUUUGGCUAAGGAGGAUGCUAUCAACAAGGUUUUUGAUUUCAAGAGAGGAAAAAAUGAUGAACUACCGCCGUUGGAUAAAACUGUCUUUAAAAGUGAUAGAGUCAUCGAUUGUUUGAUGGACUGUUUUGUCAAAGGUUAUGACAGACAAUUGAAUAAAUACGCAAACUUUGACUUCCUGUCUUAUUUUUUUGCUGAUAUCUCCAGAUUUAGACGUGGUAGACAAUAUUUUAUCGAACAACAAGAUUACGAUGGUGUGGUGCCUUUGUCAAAACUAUUGGUUUUCACUGAAAAAUAUGAUUCAAAAAUUAGGAGAGAGGGUGUUGCAUCGACGAUUAAGAACUCUUUGUUUGACUCAGAGACUCAUGACAGAAUUUUGAAUGAUCAGCAGAUUAAUUUACUGCCCUAUAUCCUCCUGCCAAUCGCCAGCGCGAAGGAUUCCGAAAUUGACGAGGAAGAUAUGUUCAAUUUGCCUGAUGAAUUGCAACUCUUGCCCGAAGAUAAAAUCAGAGAUCCAGUUCCUGCCAUUGUUUGCAACCAUUUGGAGAGUCUCUUGCUAUUGUGUACCACCAAUAGUGGUAGAGAAUUCUUAAGAAGCAAAUCGGUUUACCCGUUGAUCAGAGAAUUGCAUAAAAACGUUGAAGAUGAAGAUAUGGCAGACCUGUGUUACAGAAUCGUCAACGUCCUGAUGAGAGGUGAACCUGAAAAUGGUCAAGUAGAAGAACUACCAUCCAGAGCUGCAGAUGAAGAGGAGGAAUCUGACGAAGAAGGUAUAGUAGAAGUUUCAUAA